AUGGAAAUGGUGGCGUUGAGUCAGGACCUCCUGCAACUUGAAGAACCCCUGGCACGUUCUUACUUAACCAUUCCUGUCUCCCUCCCAGGCUUGAUCUUUGUGGUUGACAGCAACGACAGAGAGCGAGUCAACGAAGCCAGAGAAGAGCUGAUGAGGAUGUUGGCAGAAGACGAGCUCAGAGAUGCUGUCCUUUUAGUCUUCGCUAACAAACAGGACCUGCCGAAUGCCAUGAAUGCUGCGGAAAUCACGGACAAGCUAGGACUCCAUUCUCUCCGCCACAGAAACUGGUACAUCCAGGCCACCUGCGCCACGAGUGGGGAUGGCCUCUAUGAAGGACUGGACUGGCUGUCCAAUCAGCUCCGAAACCAGAAAUGAAGCCCUGAGUUACUCCUCUUUUCUCCGUCCCCUCCCCCUUCCCCCUC